AUGGCACCCAUCAAUCAUAUCGCCCCGUCGCAAGCAUCAUACCUCCACAGUCUCCUCAAACGCAGUAACUGGGCGAGCAAAAACCCUGGAGUGGUGCUGGUCUUUUGCAUCGUCUUCCUUGUUGGGCUUGGAAUCGUCUCGCUAUUAAUCUACCGUCACAUGUUGAAGAGGAAGGCUGAGAAUGAAAAGUUUGAGCCAACUGAGUGA